AAUGUUUGUUUUGACCAUCACGUUACACCUGAUCUUCCCGAGCUUAGUGAUACGACGUUAAUUAUAUACUUACGUAAACUGGCGGACAUUUUCAGAAAUUCCUCAUUAGCAUCUUUUAAGGCAAAAUUAUUUCAGAUUAGAUUUAGUAUCGGUAUGAAGAAAAGUGAUCUGUGGGACUCGAAUUCUUUGUAUGUUUUUAUGCCUAAAAUUGGUCCUAAAUAUGCAAUUUCUCCGACCUCCGAUAAAGAUAAUAAACCUUCUGAAAAUUCUCUUUUGCUCGUCAAUUGUGAGAUUCCCCAUAUUUUAUCCUUUUUUAUAGGUCCCCACGGUCCUUUUCUUGACUAUGGUUCUUAUGCAGACUGUUAUUGUGAUGAAUGUAGUGGUUGUCGAAUUUCACUUUACACUUGUAAGAAUGAAGUUAAAUGUCCGCCUCACACUCGGAAAUGUCCUGGAUCAAUGUUUUCAUCGACAUCUUCAGUAAAUAACGCUUCCAUCGUUACCACUGAAUGGGUGGAGCAAAAUUACGAUUCUAUUAUACCUGUCGAUGGAUCAUGGCAUAUGCCAAAUGCUAAUAGAAAUGCUUAUGAAGAAUAUUUCAAGACGCGUUUGAAGAAUGCGAGAUUUUUUGGAAUUGAUGAAGUUAAAGACAAGACUACCGAUUUACCACAUAUGUUGCCGACUCCAAAAGAUUUUUCGGAGGCUGUAGGCAACCUUGGAAUAUCUGAAAAAGACCAUGUGGUGGUUUAUGAUUCAAUUGGUUUAGACUAUUUCAGCAUUAUUUAUGUCUUAUAUCAAAAGGUCUUUGGUCAUGAACGAGUGUCUCUUCUUGAGGGAGGGCUACCUAAAUGGUUAAAGGAAGGUAGACCGGUAGAGAGUGGUCCAAUCGACAUAAUUUCAAAAUCGUAUAAAGUUCCGACAUUAAAUACAGCACUCGUAAGGAAUUAUAAUGAUAUCAGAAAUAAUAUUGAUCAUGGUAAAGAUUCUCCAGAAUUUGAACAAGUUCUGGACGCUAGGCCUGAAGCGCGGUAUUUUUUCACUGGUGAUGCAUCCGAACCAAGGCCUGGACUCCAAAGUGGGCACAUGCCAUAUUCUACCUCGGUACCAUUCAAUUCAAUCAUUGACCCAAAUACCAAAACCACAUUUUUGAAUGAUGAUGAAUUAAAGAAACUCUUUCAAUCCAAGAAUAUUGAUUUAGAAAAACCUAUCGUACUAAGUUGUGGUAGUGGCGUCACUGCCACGAUGCUUUAUACUGCUUUGGAAAAAAUCGGUGCAAAAAAACUUGCAGUUUAUGAUGGAAGUUGGACUGAAUACGCAGGAAAGGAAGGGUCACCUAUUGUCGGUAGAAAAUAA